GGUCCAACCGAAUACAGUGUUUCUCCGAGGCUCCUGCUACGGUUUGUUACCGACAAAAUACGUUACACUUACAACUGGCUAUGAAAAUAGAUAAUUCUCUUAACUUUUUGUUAAUUGUGUAGCGAAAUAAUCACCUAAACUUGUUGUUACUUUAGAAACAGUAAGGUUACGGUGUCUUGCGGCUCCGUCUCGUCGGUUUUCACUCCGGGAGAGAAGAAGCUUCUUCAUUUGUUGUGAACAUUGUAACGCUGUUUACUUUCGGUAUUUUGGGGUUAAGUACUGGCCUUAAACUAUUCAUUGAUGGUCUGUAGUAGAACCUGAGGUAGCGGGCCUAACCGUAGCCCAACAUAAUGACCGAGAGUUUCAGCAACAUCGAGGAUGAGGCUUUCCCCAGUUUCCUGUCUAGCUCUGUGGGCAGCAGCCGUGCCACCCUGGGGAACAUCACCCUGGCCUCCACCCUGGGGCUGCCCGUAGCUGCCUCCACCGUGGCUAAAAUUAGAGCUGGGGCCGACAACAGAGUAAAUGCUGUCCAGGCGUCAUAUCUGGAGGACGGACGGCUCUCUCUGGCUAACUCUCAGUCCAACAACAAGGAACAGGGACAAUUCGCCCUCAGCUUCAAAGAUGAGCUAGAUGAUGCAGAUGACUUCAUAGCAGCCCACCGGUUCUCAGACAUGCUGGUGAAGGUGAAUCUGGACGAGACAGAGCCCAGGACUAGAGCCUCCUCCCUCGGCCCCAACACCCAGACUGGACCUCUCCCUGGAAGACACUCUGACCAUGGAGACGAUCUCUCUACGGGGCGGCUGGCCUUCACCAACCUGGUUAAUAGGGACUUUAUGGAUCUAAAGGUCCGAUCCCUCCCAGGCACCGUGGACGACCAGAGUCUGGCCAGUGAUGGAGCCGACAGCGACCGCUUCAGUGGGAGUGUCUCCAGCUUCCUGGCCAAUGAGAAGCUCAUGUCUGUGGACAGCAUGAACAGUGAUGUCACAGAUGACGAUGUCGAUGUGAACGACCUGCAGGAUGAAGAUCUGGACCUGUACUUAAACCAGCUGGUGAACCCUGCCAUGCAGAGAGGACGGGUGGAGGGACAGGAGAUACCUGAUGCUAACCAGCCAGCCAACCAAGACUAUUCAUCUCAGCCCGGUUCUACAGAACCACAGAAGAACAGAUACCAGUUCCUGGAUGACUAUGAUCAGGGUUUCCAGAUGCCUGACGUACGGCUGGCUGCUACAGGGAUGGACUCGUGUCCCGGCAGUGAUGAGGAGGACACUGAGGAUGAACUGGAGGCAGCUAGGAGACACACUUCUACCAGACACAGACUCCUGCUGUCCAGCACCUCCCGACAGCUGGUGGGGGAGAGCUACCGUCCCAGCUUCAGACCUGGGCUGGAGGGAGGCAGCUCUGACGAAGAAGUUUACUCUGGUCGUAACCCUCUACCUGGGUUAGAACACAGAUACUCUGCAGAGGGCCAAGUCAUCAACACUGUAACAGGAGGAGGAGGAGGAGAUGGGAGCAGUGGGAGUGAGGAGGGAGGGAACGAUGGCGUGUCCACUCUACCCUCCUCCUCCUCGGCCCAGACCACCUACGAUGUGCUGCGGGGGCUGGGGAUCCUGGGGGCCAGCGUGCCGGGAGAGAAUGCCCAGGACCCUCACUCUCUACUGGGGCUGAGCCGGGGCAGCCUGAUGGGGGACCGUGUGGGGCCGGUGGGGACUGGAGAGACCAGCGCUGGGCCCCAGAGGAUGUCCCCUGUCAACUGGAGUAUGGCCUUAGACAGACAGGAGGCGCUGGAUGCCAUGGACAGUACAGAGUCUACGGUGGCAGGGGAGGGUCAAGGUGUCUUGGAUUCUAUAUACCUGAGGACUGGUGCUGGACACUGGAGACCCCAGGACAUGACCUCUCACCUCCAGACCACACAGAGCAGCUUCCACCUCUCUCAGGUGCUUCCUUCGCUUAGUGAUGAGGAGGGGAGGGAGAGGCCUGCUGCCCUGGGGCCAAGAGGAGGUCCAUGUGGGGACUCAUCUGCACCUCCUGGUCCUCCUGGCCUGUCAGACACGAGUCAGGGUGAGAAGGAUCUCCUCUACAUCUCUCUGGAAGCGAAGUACCUCUCUCAGAGCUUCCAACAGGAGGACUCCUCUCACUCUGACAGCGACUGGAACCACUGUCCUGAUAACCUGGACUUCCAACCGGCCUCUCACAGUGUGGUCUACCAGAACGAGGAGGGGAAGUGGGUGACUGAUCUGGCUUACUACUCGUCCUUUGAGAAGGAGGUGGAUGGACACCAGCUGCCGGAGGUAGCAGACCAGUUCCAGGCUGAGGACUUCGUUCCAGGCAGUAACGCCAUAGAGAAGAUCAUAGAAGACCAGAAGGAGUUUGAGAAGGAGAACCAGUUCAUGCAAGAGGAGGUGAUGGAGCCUGCCUCCACCAGUCCAGGUCUCCUAUCUGACACGUCCUGGAGACUCCCAGCCAGCAGCCACAUCCUGAUGAGGGCCAGCCAGGUGUCCCAGGAGCUGGACAGAGGGAACCAGAGCUACCUCCGUCUGUCUCUAGGGACCUUCUUCCAGCAGCGCUCUGAGGCCCUGGGCUGUCUAGGGGACGACCGGGAGGACGAUACAGUCAAACGGCCGUCGUUUGGUUACGUCAUCACCUCUCCAGAGAAGAGGGAACCGUUUCCUCUGAUUCAACCAUCAGACUUCCUCUCUCAGGACAGCUCGGUCCACAACGACACCCUCACACACACUGACCACGACCGCACCAUGAACACGGAGGACUUGGACAAGACUGUGGAGGCAGAUUCAGACAGGGUGUCACCUACAGGAGAUGACGAGCCAGAGCCUUGUGAAUCAGCCUCUUCCCCCCUCCCUGAGGCCCUGCUCUCCCCCAGCCAGACCCUUCCCUCAGCCUCCCCCCUCCCUGAGGCCCUGCUCUCCCCCAGCCAGACCCUUCCCUCAGCCUCCCCCGGCAGCCUGGGCCCCAGCCCCGGCACAGACCAAUCUAACCUCAUGUUGUCUAUCAGCACCAUUGCCUCGGCCAUCGCAGAUGCCUCCAUCUCCUCCGAGCCCUCCCAGCUGGCUGCCAUGAUCAUGGAGCUGUCCAAGAGGAGUAGGGUACAGAGGCAACACCAGAAAGGUGUGCCGAGUCCACCGCCAGCCUCUGUCCUGGAAGAGCAAACACCCAGCCCUAACCAGGUUCAACUGGACCAGAGAAUCCUGCUGGAGACUCUACAGAGGAGCCAGUGUGCCGGGGACCUACUGGAGACUCUACAGAGGAGCCAGUGUGCCGGGGACCUGAGUGCCUUCGACAUUGAAAAGUACCUGAAGCAGACCGAGGUAUCCACCAGCAGCGACAGCGACCAGUCAGGCUCCUCCCACUACACCUUUGACUUCCUCAGCUGGGCCGACAGCCUCAACUCCGCUCACUGGAAGUCCCAGGCUGCAUCAUUUGUUGUUACUGUGGAGAACGAGAGCUCGGGUUAUCAACACCAGGCUACCGAAUACCAGGCUAGCACCAAGGGAGAUAUCUCCUCUGGCGUAGAGGCUAAGGCAGGUUUGACACAAGGUUACCCUGCUGCUAUGACCCGUCCAGUCUCUGCUGGGCUACAUCCAGGUUCUGGUCAGAGUGGAGUAGGCCCAGCUAACAAGAUGGAGGCGAGGAGGAGUUCCAUCCCCCGUCCCAGGGCCAGUUCCAUCCCUACAGCCUCUGCUAAACCAGGGAGGAGGUCUGUGGGCUCUGGUCAGUUCUCUUCAACCACCACCUCCACAGCCAAACCAGCUGCUAACAGGAAGGCUGUAGGGAAUAACAGUGAGCCCCAGCCAGCUGGUGUACUGAGCAGGAACAACACAGAGAGUGAUGGGCCUGAACUAGGAGCAGUCCGUCCAACACCCAACAACACCCCAGCCCAGAAGGUAGAGGACCCCUCCGCAUCUCCUGCCCCAGGCCCUAAGACCUCCCCUGGUCUGAGGAAGGAUCUGUCAGGGCCACUGUCCCUCAGAGACAUCACAUCCCCCUCCCAGAUAACCAGGAGGAGCACAGUGAAGACCCACACUACAGGGAGCAGUACAACCCAGCAGGAGAAACCCAGUGGCCUGGAGAAGAGUGUUGGAGAAGCUCCUCCCAACGCUGUGGCCAAACAUGUUGGUUUUACUUCCUCGUGUCACAGCCCCCAGCCUGCUGCUGCACACAGGACGUACGAUGUGUCUCCAGGUACUCCUGUGCAUCAUGCCGGAGGACCAGAGCAGAGCCAGUGCACUUUCAGACCCUCCACCUCUCCUCUCACCCACUCCUCCCCCUCACAGACCUCCUUCCCCAGCCAAGAAGGGACUGUGUCGCCCCCCUCCCCCAGUGUAGGGGACAGGAGACGUCCCAGUGAUCUCACUCCUCCCCAGUCUGAGUGGAGCUGUUCCAGUCCCAGCCUCAGCAGACUGACAUACAUCUCUCUGAAUGACAGCACGGCUCUCAACACAACCGGCGUCCCAACUCCUGACAGACACAAGAGUCAUGGCACCAUGUCUCUGAGCACCACUAUCAUCAGGGCCAGUCCUACCCCGCCAGUAGAAGGGGCUGAUACCCAGAGUCCUACAGGUCAGGAGCUACCUCCUCACCGCUCUACAGACGGCCUCUGUCCUCCUAGACAGUCCAAGAGCCCAGAGUCUCCUCACCACUCGAACGGUCCUCGUAGUGGCUCGGUAGACCUGCGGAGUGGUUCAGGUCUGGGCUUUACACGCAGCCAGAGUGAGUGUAACUAUCACUGUGGGAACAAUAGAGACUACAACCAGCAGAAACGCCACUCCGAACCCAACUCACACCUUCUCACCAAGUUGGAUUCUGGCUACUCCAGCAACCUGAACAUCCAGCAGCCCAGCGGUAUGGGGGGCCAGGGGAACCAGCAGUGGUCUGGAGUCUCAGCCCAGGGGAGUGAGGUCUAUCCUGGGGCCAGGACGGUCUUCGGCCUGCCUUCCUCCGAGGACCUGUGCUACAUGCCCAUCUCCAGCUUCAAGCCCCAGGGCUCUAUGGUGGACCUGCCUCCAGGGGUCCCUAGCCUCCUGACGGGGCGCUCCCUCUUCAGUUCCCAGCUGGCACAGCAGAACCUGGGCUCGGAUGGAGCUCUUCACCCUGGUCUCCCUCUGCCUGCUCCCUACCACCACAUGACAGCGGCAGGGAACGGCCUGUAUGGUCACGCUAUGUCCUCACGGUUAGGACCCAACGUUGACCCCUCAGUCAGACACCUCCACAGCUCUGGGGGUCUGGGUGUCUCUGGGCCAGGUGGACCAGGAGGUCCCGGGGGUCUGUACCACUGCUCUAACCCCCACCUCAAACCCUUGGACCCAGGACUGAUGGAGGGGAACCCCUACAACCAGCAGUGUGUAGCCUCGUGGUCUGACGGCAGCCUUCCUGAACCCACAGCCCAGGUCGUGAUCCCUGAGGAGCUGAGGUUCCCCCAUGCCUGCUGUGUGGGCAUCUCCUCUCAGACCUCACUGGGCAUCUUCAAUCCCUCCGAGCGCUGGCAGCAGGUCUCCAUCACCGUCACCAGUCUGGCCAUCAACGGAGAGAAGGUUGAUUCAUUCCCGUACCAGUGGCUGAUAGUGAAGAACAAGACCAUCAUUGGCCCUAAGAGCACGGAGGAGCAGAAGGUGUUGUUCAUCCCACCUCAGGCCGGGGUGUACCAAGCUGUCCUCAGUGUCUCCUCCUGGCCUGCCUCCGCUGAGGCCCAGGCUGUCGCCCGUGCCGAGGUGUUCGCCAAGAGGGUGGUCCUCGUCGCCAUGGCAGAGAACCCUGCUCUGGAGGUGGAUGUGGGGAAGUGUGGCAGUCUGGACUUCGGAGACCUGGCAGGUGGCAGUGCCAAAGCUCUCCCUCUGAAGCUGCUGAACAGGACUCAGGCCACCGUACCCAUUAGACUGGUUAUCAGUGCUAACGCCACGGCCUGGCGCUGCUUCACCUUCUCCAAGAGUCCCGUUGCCAUGACAGCUGAGGGCUUGUUGCAGGCGGGAACUCCGACAUCACUGGCCGCUCCGUCCGUCAUGAACCACGUGAUGCACGCCAGCUACGGAGAGAAUCCAGAAAGCUUCAUGGUUUGGGUCCACUUCCACGCUCCACAGAAGUACCAGUCCUGUUCAGGUGAUCUAGGUCCAGCGGAUGAGUACAGUGCGCGGGUGGACAUCGAGGUGGACUGUCCAGGCCCCAGUCAUGUGAUCAGGAGCGUCCCUCUCAGAGCCAGGUCUGGAACAGCCAGAGUACACGCCCCUAAAGACCUGCAGAAUGUUAACCUCUCGGCAGCGUUGGGUCAGUCCAGCACGCAGACUCUGCCUCUGAAGAACGCAGGCAACAUUGAUGUUCAGCUGAAACUUAAGAACAGCGGUGGUGAUGGCUGUUUCUCUGUGAGUCCUGUUGACCUGUGUCUGCGUGCCGGGGAGGAGCAAGGCAUUGUGGUCUCGUUCACCUCUCAGGGCGGCAGGAAGAACCGAGAGAGUGUUCUGACCAUCCUGGUGCUGCCGUCUGGUCCUCAGUAUGAGGUGGUUCUGAAGGGGCAGGUGGUACCAGAGGAGGGGGUGAACCCUGCUGCCCCUGGUCCUGUCUCUGCCCUGGGCAUGCUGCCCCACAGUGAGGUGCCCCCCAUCCUCUCCAACAAGCAGUUUGUGGCCUGGGGAGGGGUCACGCUGGGCAGGGCUGUACAACAGAAGCUGGUUCUUCGUAAUAACUCCCCCAACACAACACAUCACCUGCGUCUGCUGAUCCGAGGACAAGACCACAGCUGUUUCCAGCUCCAGAGUAGUUUUGGACAGGAGGAGAGGUUGACCCGACACAGAGAGCUGUCAAUCCGGCCCAGGGAGGAUGUUGUUGUCCACCUGCUGUUUGCCCCAACCCGGGUGGCCUGCACCCUGUCCAAGCUGGAGAUCAAACAGUCUGGAGUACGGCCCUCACAGCCUGGCAUCAAGUUCACUAUCCCCCUAUCAGGCUAUGGAGGGACCAGCAACAUUAUUCUGGAAGACCACAGGAAGCGUUCAGAUGGCUACGUGGCUAUGCUAAUGGGGGUGGCAGCAGGCCAGGUCUCCAAGCUGUGUGUCUGUGUGAGAAACACUGGGUGCAGGGCUGCCUUCAUUAAGGCUGUUCCCUACUCUGACCUACACACACGCUCUGUCAUGGACUCCUCGGACAUCAGCCUCUCUCCGUCUCAGUUCGUCCUGAAGGAGAGGACACAGGAGGUGAUCACGGUUCUGAUGAAGGUGACCCAGAGAGAGCAGACUCUGUGUCAGUCAGCUAAUGCCGUCCUGGCCACAGUCUGUCUCUUCUGUGGAGACGAGGUCUCACGACAACAGUUCAGGAGGUUGCUGCUGUCGAAGCCUGAUGCAGGCAGGAAGAUUCUGUCAGAGAACAGUCUGCUGAAAGGACUCAACUUCAACGAGAGGUUCCUGGGGGAGGAGCAGGUCCUGGAGGCCUACGACCUGCCCCAGAGCCCCAACCAGGCCCAGUUGUUCUAUGGGAACCUGAGUAAGGUGGUGUUGUCAGUGCUGGGCAGCACAGAGACCUUGGACUCUGGAAGGACUGACCUCCAUGUCCAGCCCCCCCUAGCUGUCACCAGGAGAGGCUCGGAGGCUGACAGUGGUUUUGGGAACUCAGACCGUCACAUCAGCAACGUGUCUCUGGAUGUACUGCCUGUGAAGGGUCCUCAAGGCCCCGCGUUACCCAGGACAGAGGCCUCUGGGACGGGGACAGAACCAGGGGACCACAGGGACUCCUGGAGCCUCCAGCCUGAACAGCUGGUCCUCACCUCUCCCACUAUCAACGGAGCCUCCAACACCAGACAUGUCCUGAUCCAGAACCACUCAUCAUCCAGAGAGCUGAGCUUUGAGUUGUCCUGGCCAGCCCACUGUCUCACUGUUACCCCUCAACAUGGAGUUAUAGAACCACAGUGCCACCUCCAGAUCCUCAUCAGUCCUAAUCCGUCCCUAGCAACCAGGACAUCCAUGUUUCCAUGGAGUGGCCAAAUCUAUGUCCAGUGUGACAAUCAACAGAAGUUCAUCAAAGUCCAGAUCCGUCAGGACCUAGCUCUGGAUGUAUCAACGGCCCCAGCAGACCGGAGCCUAGCCCCCCUUCCUCCUCAGACUGCUAGCCCCAUGCCCACCGCCAUGCUGCCCCCUGCAGGCCAACCCCCCCUGACCAGGACAGCUCCAGCCACGGUAGAGAUCAGUAACCGUACCAUCGUGUUUCCUGCCACGCCCUCAGGAGAAACCUCAGAGUCGUCUGUGGAGGUGGAGAACAGAGGAGAGCAGGUGAGGUGGUACCUGUCUUCCUUCGCCCCUCCUUAUGUAAAGGGGGUGGACAGCAGUGGGGAUGUGUACCGGGCCACCUACACAGCCUUCAGAUGUCCCAGAGUCUCUGGAACCCUGGGAGCAUACCACAAGAUGCAGGUGCCCAUCACCUUCCUGCCCAGGGACCGAGGGGACUAUGCUCAGUUCUGGGACCUGGAGUGUCACCCAGUGGCUGAGCCUCAACACAAGACCAGGAUACGCUUCCAGCUCUGUGGCACUGGUGUGAAGGUUGGUCCAGCGGUGGCUCCUCAGGAAGCAGACUGUUCUCUGGUGAAGACUGAAGCCUUUAAGACCAGGAGAAGACCUGACCCGGUUGCUGAUGGGGGCAUGACUGGUCAGGAGGAUGCUCUGUGUAGGGGGGUAUACGCCCCCCAGGACCACUACUCAUUCCCCCCUACCAGGGUGGGGGAGACCAGCACACUGAAGGUCAACAUGAGAAACAACUCCUUGGAAACGCAUGCGCUGAUGUUCCUAACCCCUAAAGAGCCCUUCCACAUCAAGCAUUCCAAAUAUUCCCUAAGAUCCCAACGCUACAUCCACCUGCCAGUCCAGUUCAAGCCGGUUGUAACUGGCAACCACUCCAGCCUGCUGUUGGUUCAGACGGAUACCAGUGGAAACAUCGCUAUCCAGCUGACUGGUGAGGCCCUGCCCUGACUGGCCAAGAGGACUGCUGGUCUGGGUCAGUGAGGACUGCUGGUCUGGGUCAGUGAGGACUGCUGGUCUGGGUCAGUGAGGACUGCUGGUCUGGGUCAGUGAGGACUGCUGGUCUGGGUCAGUGAGGACUGCUGGUCUGGGUCAGUGAGGACUGCUGCUCUGGGUCAGUGAGGACUGCUGCUCUGGGUCAGUGAGGACUGCUGGGUCACUGCAUCUGUAGUGUGGCCCGUACUGGAGCACUGCUGAAGGUCAUAUGGAAGAAUGAACUAUGAAGCCUUUGUCCAAUAUGGCACCCUAAUCCCUAGCUAGUGCACUGCUUCAGGCCCGGCAACGUCUCAUUGGUUCCACUCCUGGCAACGUCCCAACAUCUCAUUGGUUCCACUCCUGGCAACGUCCCAACGUCUCAUUGGUUCCACUCCUGACAACGUCUCAUUGGUUCCACUCCUGACAACGUCUCAUUGGUUCCACUCCUGGCAACGUCUCAUUGGUUCCACUCCUGGCAACGUCUCAUUGGUUCCACUCCUGGCAACGUCUCAUUGGUUCCACUCCUGGCAACGUCUCAUUGGUUCCACUCCUGGCAACGUCUCAUUGGUUCCACUCCUGGCAACGUCUCAUUGGUUCCACUCCUGGCUACGUCUCAUUGGUUCCACUCCUGGCAACGUCCCAAUGUCUCAUUCAUAUAUCCUAUCCUCUGGGGGUCUGAAUGGAGCAGACUACAGCUCUAUAGCCUAUCCUCUGGGGGUCUGCAUAGAGCUAGCAGACUACAGCUCUAUAGCCUAUCCUCUGGGGGUCUGCAUAGAGCUAGCAGACUACAGCUCUAUAGCCUAUCCUCUGGGGGUCUGCAUAGAGCUAGCAGACUACAGCUCUAUCUUAUCCUCUGGGGGUCUAAAUGGAGCAGACUACAGCUCUAUAACCUAUCCUCUGGGGGUCUGCAUAGAGCUAGCAGACUACAGCUCUAUAGCCUUUCCUCUGGGGGUCUGCAUAGAGCUAGCAGACUACAGCUCUAUAACCUAUCCUCUGGGGGUCUGCAUAGAGCUAGCAGAUUACAGCUCUAUAGCCUAUCCUCUGGGGGUCUGCAUAGAGCUAGCAGACUACAGCUCUAUAACCUAUCCUCUGGGGGUCUGCAUAGAGCUAGCAGACUACAGCUCUAUAACCUAUCCUCUGGGGGUCUGCAUAGAGCUAGCAGAUUACCGCUCUAUAACCUAUCCUCUGGGGGUCUGCAUGGAGCUAGCAGACUACAGCUCUAUAGCCUAUCCUCUGGGGGUCUGCAUAGAGCAGACUACAGCUCUAUAGCCUAUCCUCUGGGGGUCUGCAUAGAGCUAGCAGACUACAGCUCUAUAACCUAUCCUCUGGGGGUCUGCAUAGAGCUAGCAGACUACAGCUCUAUAACCUAUCCUCUGGGGGUCUGCAUAGAGCUAGCAGAUUACAGCUCUAUAACCUAUCCUCUGGGGGUCUGCAUGGAGCUAGCAGACUACAGCUCUAUAGCCUAUCCUCUGGGGGUCUGCAUGGAGCUAGCAGACUACAGCUCUAUAGCCUAUCCUCUGGGGGUCUGCAUAGAGCUAGCAGACUACAGCUCUAUAGCCUAUCCUCUGGGGGUCUGCAUAGAGCUAGCAGACUACAGCUCUAUAACCUAUCCUCUGGGGGUCUGCAUAGAGCAGACUACAGCUCUAUAGUCUAUCCUCUGGGGGUCUGCAUAGAGCAGACUACAGCUCUAUAUCCUAUCCUCUGGGGGUCUGCAUAGAGCUAGCAGACUACAGCUCUAUAGUCUAUCCUCUGGGGGUCUGCAUAGAGCUAGCAGACUACAGCUCUAUAGCCUAUCCUCUGGGGGUCUGCAUAGAGCUAGCAGACUACAGCUCUAUAACCUAUCCUCUGGGGGUCUGCAUAGAGCAGACUACAGCUCUAUAGUCUAUCCUCUGGGGGUCUGCAUAGAGCAGACUACAGCUCUAUAUCCUAUCCUCUGGGGGUCUGCAUAGAGCUAGCAGACUACAGCUCUAUAGUCUAUCCUCUGGGGGUCUGCAUAGAGCUAGCAGACUACAGCUCUAUAGCCUAUCCUCUGGGGGUCUGCAUAGAGCUAGCAGACUACAGCUCUAUAUCCUAUCCUCUGGGGGUCUGUGUAGAGCAGACUACAGCUCUAUAGCCUAUCCUCUGGGGGUCUGCGUAGAGCUAGCAGACUACAGCUCUAUAACACAUCCUCUGGGGUCUGCAUAAAGCAGACUACAGCUCUAUACCCUAUCCUCAGGGGGUCUGCAUAGAGCAGACUACAGCUCUAUAUAUCCUAUCCUCUGGGGGUCUGCGUAGAGCUAGCAGACUACAGCUCUAUAACACAUCCUCUGGGGGUCUGCAUAAAGCAGACUACAGCUCUAUAUAUCCUAUCCUCUGGGGGUCUGCGUAGAGCUAGCAGACUAGAAACAUUUGACUGAAUUUGAUGCCCAGUACAACUUGAAGAGAGUUGGCAUGGCUGAUGUCAUGUGACAGGGUUUACAUGGGGUUUUGGUCAGUGGACCUACUGAUGAACUUUUCAGAGUAACCUUUUCCACCAUCAACUCAAUCAUUGUUCCCUACUUUGGUUUUCUAUUAGAAAUGGCACACGCUUUAAAAAAAGCACAUGGGUUAUAUUUUAUGUUGUUGUGAUUUUAAAUUAACUUGAUAAAAUAAAGAUGUCAAACAUUUU